ACGCGACUACGCGAAGACGCGAACACAAGUCGCAACGUCGCAGCGUCAGACGCGACUACGCGAAGACGCCGCCCAAACUCGCAACGGCGCAGCCUCGAUCAGCGUCGCAGCGUCGCAGCGUCAGACGCGACAGAGGCAGACGCGACUACGCGAAGACGCGAACACAAGUCGCAACGUCGCAGCAUCAGACGCGACUACGCGAAGACGCCGCCCAAACUCGCAUGGUCGCAGUGUCACAGCAUCGCAGCGUCAGACGCGACAACGCGAAGAAGGAGCCGAAACUCGCAACGUCGCAGCGUCGCAGCGCCAAGCCAAACGGCAUGCUGGCGGUGUACUUUGCCGGGCAAUCUAGCUUCGCUCUGUACAUGAAGCUGGUCCUGUCAGAGGAAACCAUCUCCAGAGAGCUGAAUUUGAGGGGAAUGCCUGCUGCUUUUCUGGUCACAGCCAUCCAACAAGUCGUGGCUUUCUGUGCUUUGGGACUGGGGAUGUUGGUGUUGCAUUUUUCACCUCAUCCCUAUGUGCCUCGAAAACUGACGACUCUCAACGAAGUCCUGGCGGUGCUGUUCUUUGCUUUGGCCGUGGCAGUGAACAUUGGCCUCAACAACUUCAGUAUGUCACUGUUGCCUGUCUCUCUGAAUAUGGUGAUUCGCUCCUGCAUUCCAUUGGUGACACUGCUUCUGCAGCAACUGGCGCGAGGCUUACAACUUUUGGACACCACCCCAGCCACCUGUUGGGACGCCUUAGUGAUGUCAGUGGGCGUGGCCGGCGCCGCCAUCACGGCACUGGCGGAGAGUGAAACGAAGAAUGAGGAAACGCAGCAGGGCCAUUUGGGGAUUGGUGUGCUGAUGUGUUGUUUGGGCGACAUUGCUGCAGCCACCACUCUGGUCUUGGCAGCUGCCUUCAGCUCCACAUUGAAGCCGCCAUUGUCACCCCUUGAUACGGUCUUCUACACAGCUUUACCCUGCGCUCUGGCACUCCUUCCUGCGUCUUUGUACGCCUCGCAUCCCAUCAACUGGCCCAAUGCUGGGACAUUGACGGACUGGGAGGUGUAUCAACGAGUUCAUCAGUUGAAUCCAGGGACCAUUCUCUUGGUGAUUUUCUCGGGCGUGGUCUCAGCAGGAUAUAACUUCAUUCAGUACACCGUGGUGCAGACUUUGUCGGCGAGCCAUGCGGCCUUUGCGGGCAACUUCAACAAAGCCGCCACCAUUUCCUUGUCAAUCUUUUUGGGACUGGAACUCCUACCAGGAGGCCAAUGGAGCUAUGUGAUGGUCCUGGGAAUCUGUGGAAACAUCGUGGCCUUUACCACCUGGAGCUACAUGCAAGCCAUUCGCGCGCCAAAGAACGUGGAGAAUGGUGAUUUGCGCUGAAUCCGCGAUUAAAAAAAUGGACGGCUGCGACGUGGAUAAUUC